AACCCAGUACUCUCCUUGCAGCCAGCUUUAUCAUUAGAUUCAGUAGUAUGAGCUAGAGUAUUUUGUAGCAUUCUUGAGUAGGGUGCUUUAGAAGUGGGGCAAAACAGCUGAUAAGUAAGUAAUGCUCCGCAUUAGGCUGUAUGCUUUCUUGGAGGCUAAGUGUUUGAGUUGGAACUUGGAAUUUCAGGAUAGAAUUAAAAAUAGUUUAUGCCUCGGUAAUGCCUUUAUAGCAUGUUUUCCUUUAUGAUCAUUAUCUUAUAUUUAUCAAGGACCAUUCAAGAUUGCGAUUUACAAGAAACAUUUGUUCUAUAAAUAAAGACAUAUGAAUAAUGGCCAUUUCAGUAGUAAAAUACUGAAAAAGGAUUUCUAAGGACUUGUGCAUGUUUUGGUUACUGCAGGGGUAUAGUUUUAUUAAUCACUAUAAUGAUACAGCGUUAGAGGGACAUUGAGCAAGGGGGUUUUGUAUGAAGACAAGGGUGUUCUAUGUUUGAACAGGUCGUUCAGUUUCUGUACCUGUAGCUAUUCAAGCUAUAUGACAUGGAGUCAGAACUCUGCAUUUCUGUUGAUUGGUGCUAUAUUAUAGGCAUGGGGGUGAGUCCAUUGGAUGUAGCAAGUGAAACUCAGACAAAAAAGGAAGUUUGGUUGCUCUUGAUAUACAAAGUCUAUUUGAGUGUUUGUGCGCAUGAGAGAGAGAGAAAAGCUAAGACAUAAGUCUAAGAGAAAGAAAACAAGGCAUAUUCUUUUCGUGACAAUACAAGGAAUUUAAGUUUUGAAGAAAUUUAGAUAGAAGAUAUAUGUAUUGUGGCACAACAAAAUUCUGCCUACCAAGUUGCUAAUGGUUUAGGACUUUCCGAGUUUGGUAAUUAUGUUGAAACCACUACAGCAUCCCUUCAAAAUCUUUCAGUUCAAAAAAAAAAGAGCACAGGCCUUAACUUUUUCUCAGAGUAAAUUUUGUUUAUAAACUGAGCAGGAAUUCUAUAAUUUUUAUCCACCUUCUGAAUCAAGUGCAAGUUUCCUUAUAUUUGAAUUUCAGAUGGUUGGACCUUUGAAAUGAUUAAUUCUAUGGAUAUUGGAAAUUGAACAUUUCUAACACAGAUAUUGAGAAUGUCUAUGAGCUUAUUUGAAGAAAUUACUUCGAUAUGUAGGGUCUCAUUUGGAUAAAAAUAGGGCUGCUCAUAUAAAUGUCAUUGCACAAAGGUGGUAGAAAUAAAAAAAUUGUGCAAAGUGAGAGAGAGAGAGGGAGAGAGAGAGUAAGAAAUCUUUCAUAUUCACAUUGGGAUUGACAUAUACCUAGAAUUGGAGUAGUUUUUCUAACGUUUUUGCAGCAAUAGUUGAAAGCAAACCACACUGUUUAUGGAGUUCAUCAAACUAAAUGCGAGAAAUAAAUAUGGAAUCGGAGAAGAGAGACCAAUUCAAGGGAAUACAAAAAGAAAGCCUUGAGUAUCAGAUAUCACCAGGAGUUUCAUGGGACUCCUUAUCUCAGGUGGUAGCGACGGUUUACUUGUACUUUGGAGUGCAGACCAUGGUCAAGAUUCUCGAGAACUUGUACCCAAACUAAGCUUAAAGGCACAUGAUGGUGGGGUCGUGGCUAUUGAGUUAUCCAGAGUGAUAGGAGGUGCUCCACAACUUAUUACCAUUGGUGCAGAUAAGACAUUAGCUAUAUGGGAUACAAUCUCUUUUAAGGAGUUGCGGCGAAUUAAACCUGUUCCAAAAUUGACUUGUCACAGUGUGGCGUCUUGGUGCCAUCCUCGAGCUCCAAACCUUGAUAUAUUAACUUGUGUCAAAGAUUCACAUAUAUGGGCUAUUGAACACCCCACCUAUUCGGCUCUCACAAGGCCAUUAUGUGAGCUUUCUUCACUUGUCCCUCCUCAAGUUCUUGCACCGAAUAAGAAACUUAGGGUUUAUUGUAUGGUGGCACAUUCUUUACAGCCACACCUUGUUGUUACUGGAACCAAUAUUGGUGUUAUCGUUAGCGAAUUUGAUCCCAGAUCUCUUCCAGCUGUAGCUGCUUUACCCACACCAUCAGGAAAUAGAGAGCAUUCUGCUGUCUAUGUCGUUGAAAGGGAAUUGAAGCUACUAAAUUUUCAAUUGUCCAACACUGCAAAUCUCUCUCUUGGAAGCAAUGGCUCCUUAUCUGAAACAGGGAAGUACAAGGGAGACUCAUCUGAACCAUUGCUUGUCAAGCAGAUUAAGAAGCAUAUUAGUACACCUGUUCCGCAUGAUUCAUAUUCAGUUCUUUCUGUAAGCAGUUCAGGGAAAUAUCUUGCAAUUGUGUGGCCUGAUAUUCCCUAUUUCUCUAUAUACAAGGUUAGUGAUUGGUCUAUUGUAGAUUCAGGCAGUGCAAGGCUUCUGGCCUGGGAUACAUGUCGUGAUAGAUUUGCUAUAUUAGAAUCUGCAUUAGCUCCUAGAAUUCCUGUAAUUCCCAAGGGAGUGUCAUCGAGGAAAGCAAAAGAAGCAGCAGCAGCUGCAGCACAAGCGGCUGCAGCAGCUGCUAGUGCUGCUUCUGCAGCUAGUGUGCAAGUUCGUAUCUUGCUUGAAGAUGGUACAUCAAAUAUCCUCAUGAGGUCCAUAGGAAGCCGUUCUGAGCCGGUCAUUGGCUUGCAUGGAGGCGCACUGCUAGGUGUGGCCUAUAGAACAUCCCGGAGGGUUAGCCCUAUUGCAGCAACAGCUAUAUCUACUAUUCAAUCUAUGCCUCUGUCAGGAUUCGGAGGUAGUGGUGUUUCUUCCUUUAGUACUUUUGAAGAUGGAUUUUCUUCUCAGAGAUCUGCUACUGAAGCUGCACCACAAAACUUUCAGUUAUAUAGUUGGGAAACUUUUGAACCUGUGGGUGGUCUACUGCCUCAACCAGAAUGGACUGCAUGGGAUCAAACAGUUGAGUAUUGUGCUUUUGCCUAUCAGCAGUAUAUAGUCAUAUCUUCUUUGCGUCCUCAAUACCGAUAUCUGGGAGAUGUUGCAAUUCCUUAUGCUACUGGUGCUGUUUGGCAUCGAAGACAGCUUUUUGUGGCUACCCCAACUACCAUUGAGUGUGUUUUUGUAGAUGCUGGAAUUGCAGCAAUUGAUAUAGAAACGAGAAAAAUGAAGGAGGAGAUGAAAAUGAAAGAGGCACAGGCAAGAGCAAUAGCUGAGCAUGGAGAUUUAGCCCUAAUCACAGUAGAAGGUCCCCAAAGUGCUUCACAAGAACGAAUAAAAUUAAGGCCACCUAUGCUACAGGUGGUUCGUUUAGCUUCAUUUCAGCAUGUUCCUUCUGUACCACCUUUCUUGACACUGCCAAAGCAGACAAAAGUUGAUGAUGGUGACUCAGCAUUACCAAAGGAGAUAGAACGGGUUAAUGAAAUAGCAGUUGGUGGUGGAGGAGUGUCUGUGGCAGUCACUCGUUUUCCAGCAGAGCAGAAACGACCUGUUGGACCUCUAGUAAUGGUGGGUGUAAGAGAUGGAGUUCUUUGGCUUAUAGAUAGGUAUAUGAGUGCGCAUGCCUUAUCCCUAAAUCAUCCCGGUAUUCGUUGCCGGUGUCUUGCCGCCUAUGGAGAUGCUGUUAGUGCAGUGAAAUGGGCAAGUAGGCUUGGUAGAGAACAUCAUGAUGAUUUGGCGCAAUUUAUGCUAGGGAUGGGCUAUGCUACUGAAGCCCUUCAUUUACCUGGAAUAUCUAAGAGGUUGGAGUUUGAUCUAGCCAUGCAGAGCAAUGAUUUAAAAAGAGCACUUCAGUGCCUUCUUACGAUGAGCAACAGCAGGGACAUAGGGCAAGAUGGCACUGGGCUUGGUUUGACUGACAUUCUGAACUUAACGGCAAAGAAGGAAAAUAUAGUUGAAGCUGUUCAAGGAGUGGUGAAGUUUGCAAAGGAGUUUUUGGAGCUCAUUGAUGCUGCAGAUGCCACUGCACAGGCUGACAUUGCUCGUGAAGCUCUUAAGAGGUUAGCUGCUGCAGGUUCUGUAAAGGGAGCUUUACAGGGUCAUGAGUUAAGAGGACUUGCUUUACGCCUGGCCAAUCAUGGGGAGUUGACAAGGCUAAGUAGUUUGGUGAACAAUUUGAUUUCUAUUGGCUUGGGACGUGAAGCAGCAUUUUCAGCUGCUGUUUUGGGAGAUAAUGCUCUCAUGGAAAAAGCCUGGCAGGACACUGGGAUGCUUGCUGAGUCUGUACUUCAUGCUCAAGCUCAUGGGCGACCAACACUUAAGAACUUGGUUCAGGCAUGGAACAAAAUGCUACAGAAAGAGGUUGAACACAGUCCAUCAACCAAGGCAGAUGCUGCAACUGCAUUUCUUGCUUCCCUUGAGGAGCCAAAGCUUACAAGUUUAGCAGAAGCAGGGAAAAAGCCACCAAUUGAAAUUCUUCCUCCAGGAAUGCCAUCGCUUUCUGCCUUUAUUACUAGCCAGAAAAAACCCACUCCUGCCACACAAAGUUCACAGCAGCAACCUGGCCAGCCAUUGCAAAUAGAAGGACCUCCCCCUGCUAAUUCUGAAACAAUAACUGAAUCUACUCCCAUCACAGCUACUGAAACGGCACCAGAAAAUACACCUCAGAGCUCUGCACCAGAAAAUGCACCUCAGAGCUCUGCACCAGAAUUAGAAACUGCUUCACCCCCAUUGGAAGCAAGUGAACCCAAUGGUUCCGAUGAUAAAACUCCUAUCUCAACCUCAGGGAGUAAUCCAGAUCUAGCCACUUCAGGAGAUAAUAUCCCACCAACAUCAACGGAUAGUAUAACAUCAACAGAGAUACAACCUCAAAUACCAAAUAACCAGGGAACAAAAAUUUCAACUAUGAUGCCCUUGGGUGAUGAUUUCAUCUGAAUUUCAUUAACAAAGGAUCAAGCAUUUCAAGUACAAUCCCUAUGAGUGAUGCUCUUAUUUGAAUUUCAAGUUUGGGACCUGUUUGAGAGCAGAAUGCCAUGGAAAUUCCUUAAUGAUUCUUUCACUUCCAAGGAAUUUUGUAUGUAGACAUUAGUCUGUACAUGAAGAGAGCGUGGUGUAUCAUAUUAGUUUUGCAGCGAGUCAUACACGAUUACAUAUUUGGGUGUUGAUUAGGUCUUGUAUCCUUGUAUGAUUUACCGGAGUUGUUCCAAAGCAUCAAUUAUUCCAUUUUCGAAUUUUACCAUGAUGGUAGAAGGCGGAAAAUAGCUUUUGAUUUAAUGGUAUUCAGGUUUACAUGUUUGUACUACAA